AAGCUCGCGCCGCAGUCGCCGCCGCCGCUCAGCUUCCCCGGGCGCGUCCAGGACCCGCUGCUCCAGGCGCGCAGACCCCGGACCCGGCGUGCGUCCCCACGAGGAAAGGGACCCUGCCGCUCAAGCCGCCUCCGCCAGCCCCCCGCGAGGGGUCCCAGAGCUAGCCGCGCCCGCCCUCGCCCCCAGCCCCGCAGCCCUCCCGCCCUGCGCACCAUGAACGCCCCCGAGCAGCAGCCCCAACCUGACGGCGGGGACGCCCCAGGCCACGAGCCCGGGGGCAGCCCCCAAGACGAGCUUGACUUCUCCAUCCUCUUCGACUAUGAGUAUUUGAAUCCGAACGAAGAAGAGCCGAAUGCACAUAAGGUCGCCAGCCCACCCUCCGGACCCGCAUACCCCGAUGAUGUCCUGGACUAUGGCCUCAAGCCAUACAGCCCCCUUGCUAGUCUCUCUGGCGAGCCCCCCGGCCGAUUCGGAGAGCCGGAUAGGGUAGGGCCGCAGAACUUGCUGAGCGCGGCCAAGCCAGCAGGGGCCUCGGGCCUGAGCCCUCGGAUCGAGAUCACUCCGUCCCACGAACUGAUCCAGGCAGUGGGCCCCCUCCGCAUGAGAGACGCAGGCCUCCUGGUGGAGCAGCCGCCCCUGGCCGGGGUGGCCGCCAGCCCGAGGUUCACCCUGCCCGUGCCCGGCUUCGAGGGCUACCGCGAGCCGCUUUGCUUGAGCCCCGCUAGCAGCGGCUCCUCUGCCAGCUUCAUUUCUGACACCUUCUCCCCCUACACCUCGCCCUGCGUCUCGCCCAAUAACGGCGGGCCCGACGACCUGUGUCCGCAGUUUCAAAACAUCCCUGCUCAUUAUUCCCCCAGAACCUCGCCAAUAAUGUCACCUCGAACCAGCCUCGCCGAGGACAGCUGCCUGGGCCGCCACUCGCCCGUGCCCCGUCCGGCCUCCCGCUCCUCGUCGCCUGGUGCCAAGCGGAGGCAUUCGUGCGCCGAGGCCUUGGUUGCCCUGCCGCCCGGAGCCUCACCCCAGCGCUCCCGGAGCCCCUCGCCGCAGCCCUCAUCUCACGUGGCACCCCAGGACCACGGCGCUCCCGCUGGGUACCCCCCUGUGGCUGGCUCUGCCGUGAUCAUGGAUGCCCUGAACAGCCUUGCCACGGACUCGCCUUGUGGGAUCCCCCCCAAGAUGUGGAAGACCAGCCCUGACCCCUCGCCGGUGUCUGCGGCCCCAUCCAAGGCCGGCCUGCCUCGCCACAUCUACCCGGCCGUGGAGUUCCUGGGGCCCUGCGAGCAGGGGGAGAGGAGAAACUCGGCUCCCGAAUCCAUCCUGCUGGUUCCGCCCACUUGGCCCAAGCCGCUGGUGCCUGCCAUUCCCAUCUGCAGCAUCCCAGUGACUGCAUCCCUCCCUCCACUUGAGUGGCCGCUGUCCAGUCAGUCAGGAUCUUAUGAGCUGCGGAUCGAGGUGCAGCCCAAGCCACAUCACAGGGCCCACUAUGAGACAGAAGGCAGCCGAGGGGCCGUCAAAGCUCCAACUGGAGGCCACCCUGUGGUUCAGCUCCAUGGCUACAUGGAAAACAAGCCUCUGGGACUUCAGAUCUUCAUUGGGACAGCCGAUGAGCGAAUUCUUAAGCCGCAUGCCUUCUACCAGGUGCACCGAAUCACGGGGAAAACUGUCACCACCACCAGCUAUGAGAAGAUUGUGGGCAACACCAAAGUCCUGGAGAUCCCCCUGGAGCCCAAAAACAACAUGAGGGCAACCAUCGACUGUGCGGGGAUCUUGAAGCUUAGAAACGCUGACAUUGAGCUGCGGAAAGGCGAGACGGACAUUGGAAGAAAGAAUACGCGGGUGAGGCUGGUUUUCCGAGUUCACAUCCCAGAGUCCAGUGGCAGAAUCGUCUCUUUACAGACUGCAUCUAAUCCCAUCGAGUGCUCCCAGCGAUCUGCUCACGAGCUGCCCAUGGUUGAAAGACAAGACACGGACAGCUGCCUGGUCUAUGGUGGCCAGCAAAUGAUCCUCACGGGGCAGAACUUUACGGCUGAGUCCAAAGUCGUGUUUACUGAGAAGACCACAGAUGGGCAGCAAAUCUGGGAGAUGGAAGCCACAGUGGAUAAGGACAAGAGCCAGCCCAACAUGCUUUUUGUUGAGAUCCCUGAAUAUCGGAACAAGCACAUCCGCACACCUGUAAAAGUGAACUUCUACGUCAUCAAUGGGAAGAGAAAACGAAGUCAGCCUCAGCACUUUACCUACCACCCAGUCCCAGCCAUCAAGACGGAGCCCACGGAUGAAUAUGACCCCACUCUGAUCUGCAGCCCCACCCACGGAGGCCUGGGGAGCCAGCCUUACUACCCCCAACACCCGAUGGUGGCCGAGUCCCCCUCCUGCCUCGUGGCCACCAUGGCUCCCUGCCAGCAGUUCCGCACGGGGCUCUCAUCCCCUGACGCCCGCUACCAGCAACAGAACCCAGCGGCCGUACUCUACCAGCGGAGCAAGAGCCUGAGCCCCAGCCUGCUGGGCUACCAGCAGCCGGCCCUCAUGGCCGCCCCACUGUCCCUUGCGGACGCUCACCGCUCUGUGCUGGUGCACGCUGGCUCCCAGGGGCAGAGCUCUGCCCUGCUCCACCCCUCUCCGACCAAUCAGCAGGCCUCGCCUGUGAUCCACUACUCACCCACCAAUCAGCAGCUGCGCUGCGGAAGCCACCAGGAGUUCCAGCACAUCAUGUACUGUGAGAAUUUCGCACCAGGCACCACCAGGCCUGGCCCGCCCCCGGUCAGUCAAGGUCAGAGGCUGAGCCCGGGUUCUUACCCCACAGUCAUUCAGCAGCAGAAUGCCACGAGCCAAAGAGCCGCCAAAAACGGACCCCCGGUCAGUGACCAAAAGGAAGUAUUACCUGCGGGGGUGACCAUUAAACAGGAGCAGAACUUGGACCAGACCUACUUGGAUGAUGAGCUGAUAGACACACACCUUAGCUGGAUACAAAACAUAUUAUGAAACAGAAUGACUGUGAUCUUUGAUCCGAGAAAUCAAAGUUAAAGUUAAUGAAAUUAUCAGGAAGGAGUUUUCAGGACCUCCUGCCAGAAAUCAGACGUAAAAGAAGCCAUUAUAGCAAGACACCUUCUGUAUCUGACCCCUCGGAGCCCUCCACAGCCCCUCACCUUCUGUCUCCUUUCACGUUCAUCUCCCAGCCUGGAGUCCACACGCGGAUCAAUGUAUGGGCACUAAGCGGACUCUCGCUUAAGGAGCUCGCCACCUCCCUCUAAACACCAGAGAGAACUCUUCUUUUUGGUUUAUGUUUUAAAUCCCAGAGAGCAUCCUGGUUGAUCUUAAUGGUGUUCCGUCCAAAUAUUAAGCGCCUGCUGACCAAAAGCACAUUCUGCACAAGACAGGACACUGGAACACGCCUGAGAACAGAGUGACUGGAGCUUGGGGGGAUGGGCGGGGGACAGAAGAUGUGGGCGCUGUGAUUAAACCCCAGCCCUUGCGUUCAUUUUUCCAGGUCACAGAUACAGCUCCUGUACCUUUUGAAGGAAAGGAGUUCUCAGAGCAACCAAAGGAACGUGAUCCAAGAGCCCAGCUUACAGGCUGAAGAAACCCAAAACCCUCUUGAUAGAGGUAGAAACUGAACUGUCAGUCCUUAGAGCUCGCCCAGUCCAUGCCACAACUGGGCCACGGCUAAAGCUUUAUUUUUGAAUUCUUAUUCCAAAACCAAACUGUCUUGCCCGGACAAGAUCACUUGUUAAGACUUCUUGGCGUUAAGUUAUGACAUGUAUAUGCGUUUGUUACUAUUUGUUUUCUGCUUUAAAAAGCUGGCCAGGGCACCUAGCACUGGAGCUAUUUUGGCGAGCUGUUCUUUAACCCCUGCAGCACGCAGUCCUGCUAACACAAUUUCCAUAGACUUGAGGGGCUGACCCAGGCUGCAGAGAGCAAGCACCUGUCUGCUGCAGCUGUACAACCUGGAUGCUUUGCAAGGUUCCGGCUUGCUUUCUUCCUAGCAGCCAGAGUGCUUUUCCGUAAAGCAGUGGAGAAUCUCAAGCAUGUGCAUUUAAUUGAGGAAUAGCAGAAGGGCUAAAGUAACCGAGAAGUGCGGGUAUUUUUGUUAAGUAAAACAGCCCAAGUGCUUCUGGAAGUGGGUGUCUACCGAGAUAGAGGAAAAGGGCUGAAUUCCCUCUAUCCUAAAUCCAAAGUGGGACAGUCGAGCUCAGGAUGCACUUCCCAGCUUCACUGGUUAAUUUGACCUGAACGUAUUUAAAGACCCUUUCUGCCCCUGAAGACCUAUUCGCACUAGAAUUCUAACGUGAAGAAAUCUACUCGAAUGCAUCCUUUAGUUUGAAUGAGCUCUGUUCAGACCAGUUGUAUGUUAUAUGUGAUUUCCUUCCUCCCAACUGUUUCCACUGAGCGCACCCAUAGUCUCCCCUAGUCUUCCUCUGUGGGUGCGAUUUUUGUGAUUUUUACAAACAAAACCCUUGUAGUUCUUGGCAGGUGUGUUUCUGUUGGCAUUUGCUGCAGAUACGCCAGGACAAGCGGUGAGAUUCAUUUUUAAGCCAUUCCGUUUCCUCAAUAAUCCACAACAAAGUGAAAAUAUUCUUAGCACGCAGACUGUACUUAGUGUUUUCUCAGUCCAGUCUGUAGGCAGAAGGCUUCAAAAGAUAGUCAUGGCCACUCAGUGCCCACUGUGGGCUUUGUAAGUCCUGGCUCUCCCGUCAAGGUUACCCAGAGGCAAAAGCUUCCUGGGAGUGGGGCCAGGUGUGUUUGGCACUCCAGAUAGAAGACAAAAUGCUCAGAUUCGGGCCUGUGCACUUGUAUGCAACCUGUUGGUCAAUACCUAGCAUUUAUUUUUCCCUAACAAUGGACAACCUUUCCCUCAUCCACCCCUAAGCUCAGAGUUUAGGAACAUUCUCUUUUAAAUAAACAGAAUGCCAGUAAGAGGUUGACCCCCACCAUAGAACUUCUGGGAUGCUAAAUACUUCCUCACGAACAAAAUAAGUUCCUUAUAUAAGUUCCUUAUACUAGCAGCUUCACCUAGAGAAUUCUCUCUCGGGCAAUAUGAAUUUUUCUCUCCAGCAAUAUUGGCUUCACUGGGGAAAAGCUAGGAGUGUGUGGUGAGUGAUUUGUUCUCCCUUGACCUGGCUAGGAGCCAUUUUUUAUACAUGAGGGAAUUUGAGCUUUCCUCAGUUAUCUGAAUGUUUUACCCAAGUGCCUUCCUGCUAUUGUAGCAAAGUAGCUCAGCUUCCUUGUCCACAGGUUGAAAAAGGACUAAUGCAUUUUCCAUCAGUUUUCUAACUAUGUUAGCAAAAAGGACCUCCUGGUAGCUCAACCUCCUGUACGCAUGUGUGUGUGUGUGUAAUACACACACAUAUAAACCCCUCUGUUUUUCUAAGACAUCUUAGCUGGAUAUUAUAGGAAGCACUUUCAUAAACAACUAUACCAAAUAGCAAAGGAAAGAGAAACAAAAGCAUUAGAUUUGAGACAUAAACAGGCAAGAGAAAGUGUAUUAGGAACUGACAGCUAUCAAGGAAGUUUUGUCAGUUACAAAUGCUAGGAGGAAAUUUUGCCAAGAAGGAUGGCUCAUGAAAUAUUUCCAGUAUGGGAAGAGGCAAUAAGAUCCUCUAAGAGAAUGAGAAAGUAGGGAUGUAUAAAUGGUAAAGAUGGGCGUGUUGCAGGUGUGUUAGAAGGAUCUCAGUUAAGUGAAGGUUUGCACUUGCUACAUCUAAGUUAAUGUAAAUAUGUAGCACUCUGACAGGUCUACCCAUGUUGCUGAAUGUAGUAUAUUUCCAAAGUUUGCAAGUCUUCCUGUAUUGUAAAAAAAAUGCUGCUGCUUGAUAAUAUGUAUAGCAAUCCAGAUUAAUUAGUAUGUUAUUAAAUUUUAUUUUCUUACCUGUAUUUUUAUGCUUUUUACCUGUCCUCAAAAUAUUACACCCCUGUUGGAAUUAGAUUUAUAUUUAUAAAUGGUCAGAAAUCUUUUUAAAUGUCUCUUUUUACACAUAGGUUGAUUUUUUUUUUCUUAAGAUAAAUGAUGUAUUCUUGAAACAUUUGUUAAUUAUUCCAGGAAACAAAAAUCCAUGUAAUAAAACUCCCACUCAGAGCCUAUUAGUCACCUACCUAGAAGACAGCAUCUCAGGAGAAGGAAUGGUUUCAUGGAAGAAGGAACCACCUUUUUCUUGCUCAAGAAUUAUGCUGACUUCAGCCCUGAGCCUGGAUCUGGUCACUGAGAAUCAUCAAGUGUCUAGAUCCCCCCAAAUAAGUAAUCUAGUAGGUGGUUUUGAUUUUAAAAAAUUGACACCAAAACCCUGCCUGCAUUGUAAUGGAAUUUGAAAAGAAUUCAUGUUCACAGAACCCUACGUUCAGGCUAAUAUUUACAGAGGGGACCAAAACCAAAUCCUGGUAGGUAACUCCUGUAUCCUUUAUCCAAAGGACAUCAACAGUUUUCCAGCAUAGACAUAACCAAGGAUGAAUUGAUUCCUUCAAAGAACUGGGAGGCACUGAUAUUGCAUUUUUUGUUUACAUCCAGUAGCCAAGACGCCUCAGUGAGCCAGUCUUGGGCAGAGGCUGUCACAUUUAGGCAGAUCAGGAGUUGAUAUGUUCUAAUUCUCACUCUGGACUACAGUGAAACUGAAUUUAUCAUGUCCAAAAAAAAAAAAAAAAAAAAAAAAAAAAAAAAAAAAAAAAACUUUCCAAGUGCUUUCUAUUGCUCAGAAUUGAAAGAAUGUUUUCAUUUCAAGUUUACAAGAGGCAUGGAUGGAGUUGUGACGUUCUUGACAAGCUGGGCUAACCUUUCCUGAACUCGUUUCCUGGAGGCAAGGUGCUCGGUGACCCAGCGCAUCUUAACUUUGGGUCUCCUAGGCUCAAGGCUAGGGCAUUACGUUUCAUGGAACCAAAACAGCCAAUUGCAUAGCAAGUAUUUUCCUGCAUUCCAAUUAAAUGCUUAAGAAAAAGCAGCAUCAUAUAAAAUUGUGAUCAUAAACAUCCAUUUCCCUCAGCUUUUGUGAGUGCCUUGACUUACAGCCAACAUCACUGUUUAACUCAGUCUGUUUAAAAACAAACUUUUCUGGUGGUUGGUAACAGAGUUUCUCCCUGCGCUAUCAGGGUCCUGAGAGCUGGAAGUGAAAGGGUUAAUUAACAUUCUACCUUUAUGCAGCUGUUGGCUGACUAGAAUAAACUCCCUGCUGAGUUCAAGCUUUGAAUGGAAUGGAUGCAAAUGAUGUUGUUUCUAUUAGAGCAGGUGCUCACAGCAUUCUGAUUGGCCUGAGCAGACCGAGGCUAUGGCGGUUGGAACAAACUUAGCACCCUGGACAUCUUGUCAAAGAACCUCACUCACCCCCUAUGGCCUCUACAGCCCUCAGAGGAGAGAAAACCAGUACAGUUCUCCAACAAACAGAGGUCUCUCCAACAUGGUGGUGCUGGCAGGCUUAGGUUUAGACAAUCCUGUUAAAGGCGUUUGAAUACAUCACAUUCCUAUGCAAAUGUUUUUAAUCUCCAGUUUAAUGUAGUUUAUUUUUCCUAUAUGUAAAGUAUUUUUAUACGACUUGUAUCAUGAUAGUUUAGCAAUAAAACAGUUGGAAGCAA